ACUCAGUAAUGGCGGACUCAAUCAUUUCUAUAUUACCCAUACAUGUGCUGAUGCUGAUGGGUGUCUUAACCACAAUGGCGAGCGCUGAAAGUAGUAUGGACCGGUCACGACUUCACAAAUCCUUGUUACAGGAAGCUUAUGACACGACUGUCUACCCUGGAUCCACCGAUAGUCCGUUUCAGGUCAGUAUGGACUUCCGCUUGACAGCCUUUCACGACUUCGACGAAAAGGAGGGUCGUUUUGAAGUUGCCGGAUUCCUUAUAACAAAAUGGAAUGACGAACGACUGGUUUGGGACCCUAGUGACUUUGGUCAAAUAUCUUCGACACAGCUACCUCAGAGUCGGGUGUGGACCCCUAGUUUGGUUGUGUGGAACACUCACGCACGGAUUCGACCGUUCGGAUUCGACACAUUACCCGUUCGAUUUAACCAGUCUGGGGAUGCUGUAUGGGAACCAGGGGACGUGUUUGAGACAAGUUGUGACGCAAAGAUUAGCAAAUUCCCUUUUGACGUCCAAACAUGCACGAUAGACAUUUUCCCGUAUGGUAACUUAGAAAACGAAAUUAAUUUUACAUCUACAGGAAUUGAUCAAUCUAAUUACGAAAAGAAUGGUGUAUGGGAUAUCGUCACUAUAAGUAUUUUUGAAGUUCAAGGCCAUGCUGGAAAUGGAGGGAAGGUUAUGAUAGAGAUACAGUUUAAGAGACGAUCUAGCUAUCAUAUCAUAAAUAUCCUCGUUCCAUUAAUCAUUAUGAGUCUUCUGAACAUACUGGCGUUCAUUAUUCCAGGAGAUAGCAGCUGUAGAGUGGACUAUGCAGUGACAAUGCUAUUGACUUUGUCAGUUUUUCUGACAACGGUCUCGGAUAUACUUCCGGAUUCGUCACUAGACGAAAUCUCGUAUAUUUCAGUAUUUGUCCUUGUUCAGAUACUAACAAGCUCCCUGAUACUUGCGUGUGCAAUUGUAAGCUUUUCUGUGGGGUCACACAGCAAGACCAGUCUUCGAGUAUUAGCUUCCGUUUUGAAGCCAUUCAUGGGUGUCGUAAACGUGGACGGAAAUGAGAAACAGGAAGUACCUCCAACGGGUACAGAUUUAGAAUCGCCAGACGGAGGCAACGACCUGGCUCGUGAAGGGAGUGGCCAAUCACUGGAGACUCAGAUUAAGGACGUUUCAACAGUAUUUGAUUAUGUCUGCAUUGUCUUGUUCUCUUUCGAAGUCGUUAUUGUCAAUCUGGUUUUCUUCGUUAUAACAAAUGUGUAGUUGAAUAACUGACAAUAAAAAGAGUCAGGCUAGGUAGUGAUUUAUUUACUGAGGAUAUCAACUUUUGCUCAAAAAGGACCUUUAUAGUAAAACUACUUUAGUAUGUAUGUUCUGAAACACAGAAUAAUUAACUAUAUCAUUACUUUUUCACAUGCAAUGUUGUUUUAUUUGACAUUUUUAAAUGUGUAAAAACCCUAUUUCAGUAUCACUUUUUUUGUGACUCUAGGUAACUUAUGUAUUAACUAUCACUCACUUAAAAUAGUUUUUUUAAGUUUCAAACUCAGAAAACCUACAAAAACAACAAAAUUCGAACGUAAUAUGCAAGAAGUCAUAUUGAAAUUAUAAUGAGUUAUCGUUCUAGAACCGUACUUUUUUCAUUUGAGUCGUUUUGCAGUAAGCUUGGUAAGUAACGCUACGAAAACGUCUACAGCAAGCGAAUUCGAUAGAAUUUUAAUCUUAUGUAAAGAUCAAAUGAAUUGUUGUAUAUUUGGGGUUAUGCAUAAGGUUAUGCACAAAACUUGGAGGAACCACAUCAAAACAUAAAUCAGCACAAACAGGAAAAAGAGAUACGCACAACACCAGAUAUCAGCAUGUGUUUAGCAGAUUCCUUUUCCUAAAAUAACCCACCAAUAAAUUAAACAGAUGAUUCCACCGGGAGGUAUACUAAGAUCAUCCAGAUGUAUUUAUACAAGAUAAAUCACGGGGGUAUUAAUGAUAUAAAAAUUACAUCACACACAUUUACAAUUUCUCAAGUUGAUUUGUUUCACAUUCACUGCCGUUCUCAACAUCAAGUCAUGCACUGGCAUAAUGUUAAAAAAUAUAUAAUGAUAAAAAAAAAUCCGGCGAUGAGUUGAACAGGCUUUAGAACGUUACAUUUUUGUUACAUGGUUCGGUUUGUCAUCUUUUAGAAUAAUUUUCGUAUUUUGUUGUAGGAGAGAUUUUUCAUAAAGACAGCGAAUUGCGUUGUGUUCUUGUACUUACCAUUUGCAUACACCGAGAGAAUAGGGUAACGACGGGUAACGAAUUCACAUUUAAAUGUUAAAUCAACGUUCAUACUAGGGUACAUACUGUUCUCCCAACAUGUAACCAUGGUGACUGGAUACGUUAGCUUUAGACACGCCCCCAACGUGACGUGAUUGAUAGUUAUUUAUAUGUUUUCACACGUAUAGGUAGACUGUAUAACAUAAAACGUUCGAACAUUAAUAAAAUUAAUAUUGUUUUCUGUAUAAUUGUUAUAUUAUUGAUGCAUCGGCUAAUUAUCCAAGAAAGUUUGUACCUACGAAAUAAUUCGAAGGCACCAAACCUCGAAAGAAAGUACUCACGAACAUUUUAUGUUAUACAGUAAAACGCACUCUCUCGCGAUGUGUAACUAUGGUGACUUGCUUUGUUAUUUAGUUAUGUAUCAUCACGGUUUGUAGCCAUGGUGACGGGAUACGUUAGUAACUGUUCCUUCAUGUCAGGUUACCAUGGUAACAGGUUAGGUAAGUUAUUUACUCUCAAAAUGGUUGUACAUUUUUAGCGUAAUAUGUUAAUCAAAUAUACCCUCAGCGUUGUUUAACUAUGUAGACUGAAUAUAUAAGUUGUAUGUACUCUUAUGCUAGUUACAUCUAUACUCUAUCUGAACUGUAAUGUAAUGCACUAUAUUAUAAAGGAGGAAUGAGAUUAUACAUGUCUAGACCACAGGCGUCUGCUUCUUGUUAAAACAAAUAUUAGUAUAGUAGGAGCAUUGGCUUAUAUUUUCCCAACUAUAGAAGGAGUAGGGGCUUAUAGUUUUCCUUCAAUAGUAGGAGUAGGGGCCUAUAUUUUUUCCUACUGCAGUAGGAGUGCGGCUUAGAUUGUUCCUACCAUACUAGGAGUACAGCAGGGACUAAUAUUUUUCUUAUAAAUACUAACCAGGAGCAGACGCUUGUGUCUAGACUCUUAUCCCUAACUUUGUAAAGAAUUAUCGAGCUCUGUUCUUCAAAUAUCUAAUGAAUCGUAAGAAUAGUAGCAGGGAGCAUAAAUAAAAUAUACGGCUAUGAUUAUUCAGUUCUAUGGUUUGGCUGUGACAGAGAGAUUUCUGUAGAGUGCGGCUGAAGGCUGGAGGGGUUGUCUCCCCUUGGCGAGAAAAACAGAAACAAUAUGCCAAACUCCAGAUACACUGGAUAAAUGUAUUCCAAAAUCUCUGGUCGAGUAGUAGCCGAAAUAUGAGAUCACAUAGAUACAUCUCAGCCGGAUAGGUUUGCGUUGUAUUUCUACCUUUAAUAUGUUAGUUUUGUUAUUUUGAGUCCUAAAUAUAAUAUAUUAUUUUUGUUUUCCUGGGUCCAACCUUUAUGAUAUUAUUAAUUUUGUAAUAAUUAAUAUGCAGUUUUACUAGAACGGUGUAUAUUUCCACUCCAUGACAUUUACCUACAACAUUGGAAAGUUGUGGUCGCACAAAGCUCUGAAUAUGUCCUCUUCUGGACUUGGUAUGGAUUGUCAUUUUUGAUAGCUUUAUUUUAAUUUUAAAUUAACUCAUUCGUAUUGAUAUCGAUUGACACUUCUGCAAUGUUCAAUAAGUUUGAAUUAUAGUGUUCUUUAAUACAGGUACAAUAACCUGGAUA